AGUUUAUCUAAUGUUCCCAGUAAUAUUGUUUUGUGAAGGAGUUAUACCUGAACGGUCACAUAUUUGUUAUCGCCACCAGAAUGUGAGGUUCAUUUCCCAGCAUGGGAUUGUUUAGAUGUUGUUUUUCCUGUAGCCGGUUGGCACAGAGGUAACUUGGCAACUCUUGCCACUCUCUUAACAUUACAAGACAACAGAGAAAAGACGAUGGAGCGCAAGGUGGACCAGUUGCGUGCACUUCAGAAGUGUUUUAUGAGUAUGGAGGAGCCUGUAAAUAUGAACAACUCUGAAGACGCCGACAGCGAUCUGUCCACACACAGAAACAGGAGUAGGUCAUCCUUUGACGAGGGCAGUCUCUACAUUUCCUGCACUCGUCCACACAGCCUUGUGGAUCCUGGGAAGCCGUAUUCUUCCCACUCCCCUGUCAUUAAGACGGGUUGGCUGGACAAGACCCCGCCUAAGGGGACUCUGAUCUUUCAAAAGCGCUGGGUGACGCUGGAUGCAGAGUUCCUGAGAUACUAUCAAAACGAAAAGGAGGUGUUUUCGAAGCGAUUCAUCGCUGUCUCAACCAUCGCCGAUGUGCUAAGCGUCGGAGAACAGAAGUUUGAGGUGGUGACGAAGAACAGGACUUUCUUGUUCCGUGCCGAGAACAGUGCCGUCAGGGGCGAGUGGGUGGCAGUCCUUAAAGAGACCAUCCAGCAGCUCUGCUCCAACGGAAAGACACGUUCUCCAAGCUUAAGUGAUGCGGGAGGGGACAGUCGCGGGGAGAAGCAAGGAUACCUGGAAAUGAAUGGGUCCCGCUCCAAACUUUUUAUUGUCGUCAGUGCAGACAGAGUGUUCCUCUACCUGAACUCAGAGGACCGCAGCCAAGGGAUUGGCAUCACGUCCAUCGACAUGAACAUGGGCAGCGUGAAGAGCACCGACCCACGCGCCUUCAGCCUCAACACAUGCUACAAGCCCUUCAGUUUUGUGGCAGAGACAACGCAGCAGAGAGAUGAGUGGGUGGAGGCCAUGCAGGCCUGCAUCGGCCGCUCUCUGUCCAGUGACACGGUGGUGUGGAGCGUCUGGGUCGAGGAGUCCAACCGGCGCUGUGCCGACUGUGGGGCCGAGGACCCAGACUGGGCGUCUGUCAAUCUUUGCGUGGUCAUCUGCAAGUGCUGUGCAGGAGUGCAUAGGAGUCUUGGGCAGAGUGUAUCUAAAGUCCGCAGUCUGAGGAUGGAUGAGAAGGUGUGGACUGACAGCCUUGUUCAGGUGUUCGUCCAGCUAGGCAACGACCGCUCCAACCUGUUCUGGGCCUCAAACGUUCCGCCAAGCGAAACUAUCCGUCCUUCAAGUAACAAUGAGGAACGCCAAAACUUCAUCAAGACCAAGUACUGCCAAAGAAAAUACAGACAGUACCACCGGCUGUUUGGAUGUCAGGAAGACCUCAACAAAGCUCUGUGCAAGAGUGUUCAAACAGGUGACCUGCUAGAGACAAUGUCAUUGGUCUUCUGCGGGGCUGACGUGAACUGCUCCACCGGAGACCCAGAUGUGCCCAACCCUCUGUGCAUAGCCCAGAACUAUGGGCGGAAACUACUAGAAGAGUUCCUCUUUCAUAACCUCAAUACAGAGUUUCCGGGGGUUCAGGACGUAGAGCGGGUCAUUCCGCAGGUUGCUGUCCCGAUCCCCCACGCUGGGAUUUUGUUCAAGAUCGGCUCCACGACGCGAGCAGUCACGGAGCGCAAGGGAAAAGGAGACUUCAGCCAACGGUGGUGCACUCUGGACAAGGGCGUCUUCAAAUACUUUGACGGCGAGAAGCGUGCGCACCCAUGUGGAGAGAUCAAGAUGAGUGACGUCCAGUGCCUCGUGGUCAAUCCUUUAGGAAAACAUGGCUACUUGCAUACCUUUGAGCUGUACCAAAUCUCUGGUCGAAUACACCUGUUUGGAGCCGACACUCCCGAUUCAGUGCAGCAGUGGAUCGAAACCAUCGCCAAGGCCAUAGUGCCCCCGGAGGCGGAGGGUAUGGCGAGCUGGUCCUUCGAGAGGGUGGGAAGGCUCCGCUACACCGAGGGGCCCAACCCACACUGCCCUCGAGCCUGCUGGGUGGCGGCGGGGGGCUCGACCCUCCUCGUCCUCCUCCACGGCACCGACAGACCAGAGAGCAUCGACCUGCGCAAACUACAGGAACUCUGCGUGCAGCCGGAGCCCGGGCCUGUGGUGCUGGUGGAUAGAGGCAGGACUUUGCGUUUGGAGGGGGACCGGAGGGCUGACUUCCCCGGCUGGGCGAACAGCCUCCAGCAGGGGGCUGGGAGGGGUGACGGACCCCUGGACCAGCAACAACUGACCGGCACGGAUGUCCCCGUCAUCGUGGACCGGUGUCUCGGCUUCAUCACACAGUACGGCUUGAAAUCAGAAGGGAUCUACCGCAAGGCGGGCGUGCAGUCGAAGGUGACAGCCCUGCUGUCUUCUCUGUGCCUGGACGCCCGGCGCGUUCAGCUGACGGAGGGGGAGCACAAGGUGGACGACGUGGCCAACACUGUGAAACGGUUCCUCCGGAGCGUCCGCGAGGGAGUCUUCGACGGGGAACAGGCCUCCCUGCCGUGGCUCCGAACCGUGGCUCUCAGCGAGACGAGUCGAAGGAUCUCUCAAUACCAGACCCUGCUCGCCAGCCUCCCCCCAGUCCACCAGGCCACCCUGGGGGCAGUCAUCAACCACCUCUACUGUGUCCAGUGCUUCGCCGAGGAGAACAAGAUGGACGCCCACAGCCUGUCCAUCGUGUUCGGUCCCACCCUCUUCCAGGCCGACGGCACCGACAAGAGCGCCGGCCAGGUGGUGGAAGACCUCGUCCAGCACUACCAGGCCAUCUUUGACGUCGACGCGGAGCACGUUAAAAGGCAGAUCGAAAUGAUUUCCCACAUCAUCACAGCCAAAGAGGACCGACCGGAUGAGGAAACGCGCACUAUAUGUGGGAUUUACCUGGAAGUGAAGGAGGAGGGAUCAGAGCUGCUCGUCCAGGUGUCUCAGAAAACGACCGCUACAGACGUGGUUUCUGAGGUUCUGAGGCGGAGGAACAUCUCUUCACAGCCGGAAGACUACUGGAGCUGCUUCCUGGUCAACGACAAGGAUGACAUGGAACGCCCUUUGCACUAUCAGGAGCAAGUGCUCCCUGUAUGUUUUUCACUUGACAAAGACUGCCACCUGGUGAUCAAGAAAAAUGACUACAUGAAGACCAUUUUAACAUGCACGGACGGCUGGGUGAACGUCACCAGGAAUGGGCACGUCCAGUUCUGCGAGGAGAAGGGCCAACGAGCCAAGGGCAGCUUCAGCAAACGCUACUGUGUCGUCACGGCCACCUCCCUUGAGAUUUACAAGACCCCAAAGAGUAACCAUCCGGAAAAGGAUUGUCACUUGCAGGCUCUGAAGGUCUACUGUGGCAUCAGGAAGAAGCUUCAGCCGCCCUCAAGCUGGGGGAUGACCGUAGUGUGGACGCAAGACCAACACGAGAUGCAUAGAUGGUAUCUGUGCUGCGAAUCCGAUCAGGAACUGACCGACUGGUUGGCUACGUUUUUUUUCCUCCAGCACCAUGGUGACCUGUGGCCAGGAACCUCCUGAUUUAGAGGCUGGUGAAGGGCUCUCCUCCCAUCCAUCUCCACAUCAUUCCAGCUAUGGUUUCGGGAAGCCUUGAUCAAGCCUUUUUCCCUCCCAAAUGAUGAAUGUAUAUUUGUUACAGAUUUUUAUGAUCUCAAUGUUCUCUCUACGUAACGUUCUACAUGUGGAAUAAAUGAAAUGAAGUUUCGA